AUGUCUGCCACCAAAGGAAUCAUCCUCGUCGGCGGUCCCUCCAAGGGCACCCGCAUGAGGCCCCUCACCCUCGACUGCCCCAAGCCUCUCUUGCCCAUCGCCGGCAAGCCUAUGAUCUGGCAUCCUGUAUCCGCCCUGUCCAAGGUCGCUGGCCUCACAGAAAUCAUCAUCAUUGGUUUCUAUGAAGACUCGCAGAUGGCGCCCUUUGUCAAGGAGGCCAAGCGAGAAUUCCCCAACAUUCGCAUCAGCUACUUGCGAGAGUACAAGGCUUUGGGUACUGCCGGCGGUCUCUACCACUUCCGAGACUCCAUCCUCCGCCCCCCCGUCCCCCAAAACAUCUUUAUCUGCAACAUCGACGUCUGCUGCUCCUUCCCCUUCGCCGACAUGCUCAAGGUCCACACCUCCCACCGUGGCGUCGGCACCAUCCUCGGUGUCAAUGUCAAGAAGGAGACCGCUACCCAGUACGGUUGCAUCGUCACGGAUCCCGAGACGAACCAAAUGGUUCACUAUGUCGAAAAGCCCGAGGGAUGGAUCUCAAACACGGUGAACGGCGGUGUGUACCUGUUUGACAAGUCCUUGUUUGAUGAGAUCAAGGUGGCUAUGGAUGAAAAGACUGCCCGAGCCGCGGCCGACCCUCUUGUCAAGCCCGAUGAGAUCUUGCGUCUUGAGCAGGACGUCAUCGUCCCCCUUGCUGCCGGCAAGAAGAUGUACGUCUACCAGACCAAGGAAUUCUGGAGACAGAUCAAGACUGCUGCUUCGGCCGUCUCUGCGAACGCCCUCUACCUCAACAACUUUUCAAAGAUCUCUCCCUCCCUCCUGACUGAUGCCCAGCCAAACCAUGUUCUCGCCCCAACCUUCAUAUCCCCCUCCGCCUCCGUCCACCCCAGCGCCAAGAUUGGCCCCAACGUCGCUAUCGGCCCCAACGUGACCAUCUCUGAAGGCGUCCGAGUCAGGGACGCCAUCAUCCUGGAAGGGUCCGUCCUCGGAGAGCACUCGUGUGUGCAGAACAGUAUCAUCGGGGCGGAUUGUCAGAUUGGCAAGUGGGGCAGGGUCGAUGGCGAGGCCGAGCCCGAGAAGGAGGUCAAGGGCAAGAUCAGUGUCACCAUUCUUGCGUCUGAUGUCACUCUUGCUCCAGAAACACUUGUCAGGAGCUGUAUCGUCCUUCCAAACAAGUCUCUCAGCAAAAACUCUACCAACCAGGUUCUCCUCUGA